AUGUCCGACAUCAAAGUUGAAGGAUUCAAGGCUUCUGAGAUCUUGUCGAGACUCGGCACUGCAUUCGAAGGCUUCACAGAUGCAGAGCGGAAGGCCCAAAUCAAAAAGGCAAAUGGUAUCUUCGAACUCCGUAUCACCAACGGAAACAAACAAGAAGCUGUAUGGACUAUUGACAUGAAAGAGAAGGGCACAGUGUACAAGGGACCGGCCGAGUCUAAGCCCGGUGUCGUGCUAUCGAUGAGUGACGACACCUUUGCACAGCUUGCUAAUGGAAAGGUUCGCUCGACAGGCCAAAAGGCAUUCAUGACCGGUAAACUGAAGACCAAAGGCAACGCUAUGCUAGCUACCAAAUUAACUCCUAUACUCGAGACCGCCAAAGGAAAAGCCAAGCUUUAA